AUGGACCAGCUCGCACAGGCUUUCGGCUUCUCGUACGACGUCCGCAAGGCGGACAUUGACGAGAAGGCGAUCCGGCAUGAUGAGCCGGCGCAGCUGGUGAUGGCGCUCGCACACGCAAAGGCAGACGCCAUCCUCACGCUGCUGCGCUCAGAGGCGGCGGCCGCCGGCCCCGGCGACCGCCCUGGCGCCGGGGCCGGGGCCAGCGCGGACGACUCUGUGGCAGAGGCCAGCACAAGUGGCGGCGGCGGCGCCGCAGCCGCGGGUGGCGCCGCCGCACGGCCGUCCUUCCUGAUCACGUGCGACCAAGUCGUGGUGCACGAAGGGCUCAUCCUCGAAAAGCCCGAGGACGCCGACCAGGCGCGCGCGUUCAUCCGAGGUUACGCGCGCAGCCCGGCCCAGACUGUCGGGUCCGUCCUCUGCACUCGCCUCGGCGGCGGCAGCGCAGGCGGCGGCGGCGGAGGGGACGUCCGGAUAGGGACCGUCGAAAACUGCACCAUCCUGAUGGACCCCCUGCCCGAGGAAGCCGCCGAGAAGCUGAUCGAGGAGGGGGAGGUGCUGUGGUGCGCGGGGGGCCUGAUGGUGGAGCACCCUCUGGUGCGGCCGCACGUCCGAGGAAUCGAGGGCGGCGGCGAGGACAGCGUCAUGGGGCUGGGGCGGGAGGCGGUAAUGCGCGUGCUCGUCGAGGCGGCAGAGGCGGGUGCGGACGCGCCGUGA